AUGAAAUCCAUCGGAGGUCGUGGUGGUGGGACUGCCAGUCCUUCUUCCAUGCAUCGUUCAGGUCCUCCUUUGACCGCCAUAGACAGGUUCUUGUGGGGCCAAAACAGCCACUUCACUCCAAAGCAACAAUCACAGAACAUUGCAAACAACAACCAUACUGCAAUUGCUAAUUUGGAUGAUGAGUUUUCAACCUAUAGAUUUAUGUGGCCUUACCCUCAAGAAGUAAGCUUUAUUGAUAAGCUAUUGGUAAAUGAAGAGGCCAUGAAUUGGACACAGCAAAUCCCCACAUUGAAAGAAAAUGUGCAAGUUUUGGGGAAGAAUUCCAAAGGUGUGGGAAGAAGGCCUAAGAAAGGGUCUUCUGUGGCUUUGAUCAAAGGACAGUGGACUGAUGAAGAAGACAGGAAACUGCUGAAGUUGGUGAAGCAACAUGGUGUAAGAAAAUGGUCUCAAAUUGCUGAGAAGUUGGAGGGAAGGGCUGGGAAGCAGUGUCGAGAGAGAUGGCAUAAUCAUCUGCGGCCUGACAUAAAGAAAGAUGGUUGGAGUGAAGAAGAAGAGAAGAUACUAGUAGAAACCCAUGCCAAGCUUGGAAACCGUUGGGCAGACAUUGCAAAGAGCAUUCCAGGAAGGACAGAGAACGCCAUAAAAAACCACUGGAACGCCACAAAAAGGAGGCUGAAUUCAAGGAGAAAGAACAAAAGGACCGCCGCAAACUCCAAUGGAAAGCCACACUCCACUAUUCUUCAAGACUACAUCAGAACCAAGAUCACUCAAACUAACACCACUCCCCCUGAGCUGGAGCCUUCAACAUCUGAUCAAACACAGCACUUUGUGUUAUCUCAGCAUGAAAAUUCCUCAUCAUCAUCCCUAAUAGCUGCUGAAUCAUAUGAUGAUGAGAUACUUUUUAUGCAACAACUUUUCAAGGAUAAUCAGGUUCAGCAACAACCACUUGUGAAUGUUGUUGAGUCUGUUAAUUACCACUCCACUAAUAACUUUGAUCAGAUGCUCACUGAUGAUGCCACUGACUUUGGGUAUGCCCAAUAUUUCAACCCUAAGCCAAACUCACGUAACAUGUACGUGAAUGAGAGUGUCAUGGUCCCUAGAAAUUAUAUGGCUCCAACUUCCAUCAACUACCUUGAUUCUGAUCCCUAUCUAUCUCACUUGCUAAAUGGAACUGCUGCCAGCUCAACACUUUGCUGUAAUUAUGGGAUUCAAAACCAGAACCUGGACUUGCAGCUGGGGGGUCAAGACUUUUCAGAGUCAAAGAGAGAGAUGGAUUUGAUGGAGUUGGUUUGUUCUGCUCAGUUUUUGCACUAG